AUGAGCUUCGCUCAGGAAAACAACACCUCCCUCUUUCUCCCCUCAGCUAUCCCUAUCCCCUCGUCCAGCAUCCUCCAUCCUCUUCUCUCCUUCCAGUCCUUCAAGGCGAUGUCCGGACUCGACAUGAACAUGGAUCAAUUGACGAUGGAAUCCGUACGCCGUCUUGGAGACGCUCUGCUCUCUCUCGAUGCGCUUCCCUUGUCAGGCCUUCUCUGCAUCUUCUUUCUUACUCUGUAUCUGCCCCUCGUCCGUCUGCUGCGUUUUCGCCGCAUUGGGCAAUUGCAGAAACGCUACAAUUACCCUACUCGCGCCUCCCUGGCGAAGAUGACGGAUUUCGAGGCAUGGGAGAUUCAGAGGGCCAUGUCUCGCCUUGAAUUCCCGUUCACCUUUGAAAAGAGUCUUCAAUUUGCUCUCUUUCGUACAUACGGCAUCCCAACCAUAUCAGGUACACUCAUGAAAACCAAACAAUUCUCCAAUGCCCUCUAUUCUGGCAAACGCUACGUCGACACGUGCGUCCUGAUAGGUGAAUUCAUCGUGCAUGAUCCUGCCUCCAUACGCGCGCGUAUCGGCAUCUCGCGCACAAAGUAUCUUCACCACUCGUACCGCAAAUCAGGCUCAGUCAGAGAAGAAGACAUGCUCUACACUCUCUCCCUAUUUGCAACAGAGCCCAUCCGCUUCAUCAACGAGUAUGAAUGGCGUUCAGUUACUGAGCUGGAACGUUGUGCCCUGGGCGUGUUCUGGAAAAGCAUUGGCGAUGCCUUGGGCAUUGACUAUUCGGCCUUCCUCCCCACAGCCAAAGCAGCCAAGGAAGGAGGCCAGGCCUCGUUCAAAGACGGCCUCGAGUGGCUCGAGGAGGUCACAAUCUGGGCCCAAGAAUAUGAGAAACGAGCCAUGAUCCCAGCGCAAUCAAACAGAGACACUGCCGACCAGACCACCGCCGUACUGACAUACUCACUGCCUCGGUCCUUGAAAUUCAUCGGCAACUGGUUUGUCUCUUCCAUGAUGGACGAGCGCCUCCGCCUGGCAAUGUUGUAUCCAAGCGCACCCUGGCUCGUCAAGCAGACUAUCCCUUUGCUCUUCGGCAUCCGCAAAGUCAUCCUUCGCCACCUCUCUCUCCCUCGUCCCGAGUUUCUGCGCUUUCGCAACUUCGCGGAUAAACCAGACCCAAAAACAGGCGCCUACCACGUUGUAACCUGGGAUGCUGAACCGUAUUACGUGAAGCCCACCCUGUGGAAUAGAUGGUUGAGUCCUGCAGCCAUUGUUGCGCGUCUGAUGCGCUUCCCACUGCCCGGUGACCAAGGCGAUAAGUAUUAUCCGCAGGGAUAUGAUCUUGCGAAUAUGGGGCCGAAGACUUUUGAUGGGAAAGGGAAGGAAUAUAUGGCCUCGGAGAUGAGGACUCUCGAGAAAGAGAGAAGGGGUCAAUGUCCUUUUGUUCAGUGA